UUAAGAGGAAGUACAUGCAAUAUUCAUAUACGUCAAAUUCAUCGAGAUCGAAAUCUGAAAAACAUAACAAAGAUCUCUUGACAAAGAAAGACAAAACAAUGGCCAACAUGAAAGUCAUCUCCUUUGCUUUGCUCGUUGCUCUUCUCUUCUGCGCCGAUGCUGAAGUGGCGAUGGGCGAUGGUUCGUUGUGCUGCAACACUCACCCGAAGUUUGGGAAAUGUAAUACAAAUCACGACGAAGAAAGAUGCAACCAGUGGUGUCUCAAAGGUUGUUCGAACCAGAGGGGCGGUUUUUGCAAACAUCUUUCUCAUGGCGGGCAAUGCCACUGCUACUGCUAAUUAAGAACCAAACCAAUAUACUACUUUUAUUUAUAAACAUAUGUGUUCGGUUUAAAUAUGUUACGUACUAUACAUAUCUAUGUUUCAAUCUGUUAUGGAAAUGAAUGAAUCAUAAAUAAAAUUAUUAUUACUAUA